GGCAGCCUCGCUGGAAACGCGCGGGGGAGCCUGAGCCGGCGGCCGGAGACGCACGGCGCGCCGUUUCAGCGCCGCGGCGCCGCGCAGACCCUCCGUCUCCCUGCUCAGCCUCGCGGGCCCGCUCUCCCCUGCCUCCGGGGCCCGGCUUCUCUCUGGGGCUCCUGCCCGCCCCUACCUCCGGGCCCCUGCGCGGCUCCCCAGCCCGGUCCCCCUCCCCCCGGCACAUACGCUGACACGCGCGCGCGAACACACACACUCACACACACACUGACACGCCAGCGAGCUGCUGGCCGCUCAAUGGACCGAUUUCCCCGCUUUUCCUGAUCCCAAGCCGGCCCGGGAUGAGAAAUUGCAAAAUGGCCCGGGUCGCCAGUGUGCUGGGGCUGGUCAUGCUCAGCGUCGCCCUGCUGAUUUUAUCGCUCAUCAGCUACGUGUCCCUGAAAAAGGAGAGCAUCUUCACCACUCCCAAGUACGCCAACCCGGGGGCGCCCCGAAUGUACAUGCUCCACGCGGGAUUCCGGUCGCAGUUUGCGCUGAAGCUUCUAGAUUCGUCUCUGGUGCCCUUCCCGCAUUCUGUGACCCAUGAACUCCAAGCCAGACCUAAGUGGACAUUUAAUCGGACAGCGUUUUUACAUCAAAGGCAAGAAAUUCUUCAGCAUGUCGAUGUAAUAAAAAAUUUUUCUUUGACCAAGAAUAGUGUUCGGAUUGGACAACUGAUGCACUAUGAUUAUUCCAGCCAUAAAUAUGUUUUCUCUAUUAGCAAUAACUUCCGAUCACUGCUUCCAGAUGUGUCUCCCAUUGUGAAUAAGCGUUAUAACAUUUGCGCUGUGGUUGGAAAUAGCGGGAUCCUGACAGGGAGCCGGUGUGGACCACAGAUAGAUAAGUCAGAUUUUGUUUUCCGUUGCAAUUUCGCCCCUACGGAGGCUUUCCAAAGAGAUGUUGGAAGGAAAACCAACCUAACCACCUUCAACCCCAGCAUCCUGGAAAAAUAUUACAACAACCUUUUGACCAUUCAGGACCGUAACAACUUUUUUCUCAGUUUGAAAAAGCUUGACGGGGCCAUUCUUUGGAUCCCUGCGUUUUUCUUCCACACGUCGGCCACUGUUACCAGGACAUUAGUUGACUUUUUUGUUGAACACAGAGGUCAGUUAAAGCUCCAGUUGGCUUGGCCUGGAAACAUAAUGCAACAUGUCAACAGGUACUGGAAAAACAAGCACUUGUCGCCCAAACGGCUGAGCACAGGUAUUCUCAUGUACACCCUGGCGUCAGCAGUCUGUGAGGAGAUCCACUUGUAUGGAUUCUGGCCUUUCGGAUUUGACCCCAACACAAGGGAAGACCUUCCGUACCAUUACUAUGACAAAAAAGGAACCAAAUUCACCACCAAGUGGCAGGAAUCCCACCAGCUGCCGGCCGAGUUUCAGCUGUUGUACCGAAUGCAUGCGGAAGGGCUCACCAAGCUGACUCUGUCGCGCUGUGCCUGAGAACUCCGAGCCGGAGCGCCGACGGCCGGCUUCAAAGUGCCCGACUCACACCGAGUAGCCCGUCAGAAUAGACAGACCCCCAGAGAGUCUCACAGAAGGACCGUCUGCCCCUUAAGAGCAAAGGGGUCUUCCCUCCCCUUCUCCCUGCUCUUUUAAGGGUCUUAGCAACACCGAUGCUUUGAAGCCUCGUGAUCUAAACUUGAUAAAGGGACGGUUGCAUUGGGAACUCUGCUGCUAACGAAAUGGUUUGAAGUAUUUUCACGUUUGUAUUUUAAUAAUAAACUGCCUCCUAUAUUUUUUUUUUUCUAGUGAGGAUUAGAGCUGCAGUGUCUACAGCUUUGCUCAGAUAGAGUUCUCGCAAUCAGAGGCCUCUGGGCGGAGGUUUGGGCAGGAUUUCAGUUUUGCCUGGGUGGGAUCAGACUCUUUGAAAUGAAAACAUAAAAAACUG